UAACCCACACAGCAAGCUAGCGAAAAGCCAUUUCUUCUUCUUCUUCUUCUUCUUCUUCUUCACACGAAGUCGUAAUUAGCUAGUCAUGGCUUCCCGUCGUUCUGCCCCCUCCAUUCACACAACCACGAAGGUGUGCCUUUUAUUCUCAGUACUUCUUGUGGGAAUGGCGGGAAUGGCCUCUGCCCAGUUAUCCUCUACUUUCUAUGAUAAAUCCUGCCCUAAAGCCCUUUCCACCAUUAAAUCAGCUAUUGUCUCUGCCGUGAGUAAAGAGGCACGCAUGGGCGCAUCGUUGCUCCGUCUUCAUUUUCAUGACUGCUUCGUUCAAGGAUGCGAUGCAUCUGUACUGUUGGAUGGCAGCGAUGGAGAGAAAGCAGCUGGGCCCAACGCUAAUUCUCUAAGGGGAUUCGACGUAAUAGACACCAUCAAAUCUCAAGUGGAGACCGCAUGUGCUGGUAUUGUGUCAUGUGCUGACAUCUUAACCGUUGCUGCGAGAGACUCUGUUGUCGCUCUAGGAGGACCUAGUUGGACAGUUCAGUUGGGCAGAAGAGACUCUACCACCUCAAGUCAAAGUGGUGCUAAUUCCGAACUCCCUGCUCCAACAUUGGAUCUAAGUGGCCUUAUCAGUUCAUUCUCAAACAAGGGUUUCACUACCAAAGAAAUGGUGGCUUUAUCAGGAUCUCACACAAUAGGCCAAGCCAGGUGCGUAGCCUUCCGGACCAGGGCAUACAACGAAACCAACAUAGACUCCACGUACAAAACAUCACUACAAUCGAAAUGUCCAAGCACCGGAGGAGACGACAAUCUUUCCCCUCUUGACGUCACUACUCCGACAAAAUUUGACAAUGCUUACUUCACGAACUUGAAAAAUAAAAAGGGUCUACUGCACUCGGAUCAAGAGCUCUUUAAUGGAGGUUCCACAGACGCUCAAGUCAAUGCUUACAUCGCCAACACGGGAACUUUCCGAGCAGACUUCGCGAACGCCAUGAAGAAGAUGGGGAACCUUAGCCCACUCACCGGCACGAGCGGCCAGAUCAGAAAAAACUGCAGGACAGUCAACAGUUGAGUCAAGGUACUCAGGGUAUGCUUGUGCGUGUUCAAGAAUGACGGCGCCGUUCGUUAAUUAUAUGAAACUUGAAAGACACGAAUUGCUUAGUGGAAAUAAAUAAUGAAGGUCACAGAUUGACAAUCGCCGCAUCUUCGUUCAAAUGGAAUGAUGAAUUAUAAUAUUAUAUUCAAAUCUUGCUA